AUGACCCCAGAGACCGACUUCCAUGCAUUCUCAAUACCAAACAGAUCGGAGAGCAAACAAUUCAGCAAGCUUGUUAGGUGGAAUAGCCAUAGAAGCCAGACAACCAUUCUCCUCAUAAAGCAAAUAAUCACCCAUCCCUGCUCCGCCGAUGUUUCCUUGAGAGCUGCCAUCCGUGUUGAUCAGCAUGCUUUAGAAAAACCAGAAAUAGGCUUUGUCCAAGCAAUCCACCUAGCUGCUUAG